ACUGAGAUCCUUUCUUUCCUAGACAAUGGCUAGAAACAAACUAAGAGGUCCUAAGACCAGGAAUGUAUUUCAAAUAGCCAACCAGAAACACUUUAAGGCUAAAAGCAAAGCAAAACCAGUUACCUCUAAUCUUAAGAAGAUAAACAUCCUAAAUGAUGAAAAAGUAAACAGAGUGAAUAAGGCUUUUGUAGACAUACAAAAGGAACUUGCACAUUUCUCAAAAGGCCUUUGUCUUGAACCUCUGCAGGAAAAGCGGAUUCCUCAGAAGUGUCAUGAAAAUGAACCAGUCAGUGUUGACGAAGCUGUAAGGUUAAUGGCUCAGUUGUAAUGUAAUUUGAUGAGGCAUCAAAUUCUCCCCACAGACUAAUAAAUUAAAUGUUUCAUACCA